CCCCGAGCCGGUGCAGGUUGACGAUAGCCGGCUGGCACUAGUGCCCGCGAAGUUAGACCGUCCCGGGGCUGUGUCGGCUUGGCGGGGGCGCCAAACCUCUGCUGGCCCCUGGGGCAAUGGCGGUGUUUCACGACGAGGUGGAGAUCGAGGACUUCCAAUAUGACGAAGACUCGGAGGCAUAUUUCUACCCCUGCCCGUGUGGGGAUAACUUCUGCAUUACCAAGGAAGAUUUGGAGAAUGGGGAAGACGUGGCAACGUGUCCUAGCUGCUCUCUCAUUAUAAAAGUGAUUUAUGACAAGGAUCAGUUUAUGUGUGGAGAAACAGUGCCAGCCCCUUCCACCCACAAAGAAUUAGUUAAAUGCUGAAGAGGACUUUAGGAAUCCACAUCCUGAACAUUUGGGAAUGAGCCAAGCUGGAAAAAUCAAAUGCAAAGUCACUGGCUUCCUUCAUGGGGACAACCAUUCCGUAGUUGGCUCUGCCAUUAGUGUGUGGCUCCUUACCAUUGGCUGCUGAGUUCAUCUCCAAUUAAAGAAGCAAGUCCAUGACGUGACAUGCUUGGAUUUUGUGCUUAGAACUUUGAAUUGAAGUGUUCUCAAUUUUCCAUGUGAAUUUAAAGGAAGAUCAUUUCAAAUCAGUGCUUUCUUUCUCUCAGUAUCAUUAUUUUUAUGUCUUACACCUGAUUUCUUCCUCAUCUGAUAACAGCAUCAUCUACCUCAAAGUCAUUAGUAUUCCUUAAUAGGGGAAUUAUGUUUUGGCUUAGUUAUUAAGAUUAUUAAAAUUAGUCCUUUCUUUGAAAUUGGACACCCACUUUGCCGUUCUAAACUUAAACAGAUUUGUUGCUUUGUCCCCACUGUGCUUUCAGUUUCCAUACCAAGCCAGUGUGCUCAGUCUUGCAUUCAUUAGAACUCAGUUCCCGUUCUGUGUAGCAUACCAUUUCCAUUAUAUUUCCUACACUGAGUUCUGGUCAUGGUAUUGCAGAGAAAAUAUACUGAGCUCACAAUUUUUCCAGAGCUAAAAGUAAGAAAGAAAAGUCAUGGGGCACCUGGGUGGCUCAGUUGUUAAGCGUCUGCCUUCAGCUCAGGUCCCGUG